AUGGCCGAGCGGUACGAAUUCUGGCAAAGAACGUAUGUUGGCUCACGGUCUUACAUAAUGCCAUGGAUAGCUUGUUUUUUUCUUGCGCGCAAUAGGUUGCGGGGUCGAAUCGACUUUUUGUUUUGUUUUGAGCCACAGGAAUUUACUGUUAUUUUUGUCAUUUUCUAUCUAACCAUUUUCUUGGGUCAAUUAUUCAAGCUCUUCAUGCAUGUCAGUAAGCUUGUCGUGGUGGGGAGAGGCACAGCACAGCACACAUCAUCACACCGGACUUGUACUAUUGACUCCUAUUGCCUGGGUGACAUGACUUUGGGGUUACACGACAUGGGAGACCUACCCCAUCGUCGUCGUCGUCGUUGUCAUCGUAUCGUUUGA